AAUAAAAAAGCUUGCCAAUAAAAAUUUUCCCAAAUGCGGUACCAAGAGGCUCGAGCCAAGAUUUAAAGGUUAAGCAUUUUGGAUCCCAGUUAUUUUACUGGCUUGGCACACCUCUUGUUCUACAAUGUCUUCGUUUGCCAUGGUGGAAUCAUUAUAUCCCAUGUUACCCAUUGAUUCCCAAGCUGAACCUUCAAGAUCCCCGAAUCUAAGUCGAAUGUCCACUGCUCUACCUUUUCACGCGAAUAACGCAGUCUCUCCCAGAGUUCAUUCUCCCGUGAGAACUGAGCCAGCAGUCCAGUCCGCGGAUAUGAGCAGCUACAAAAUUGUUCUCGGCUAUGACUUUGGAACAACUUUCUCAGGAGCUUCAUACGCAUACUGUCAAAAUGAAGAAGUCCUUGAUAUAGAACGAUGGCCCAACAGAAGAGAAUCCAUCUUCCCCAAAGUCCCAACUGCCCUUCUUUAUGAAAAAGGGGAUUCCACUAAUGUCGUAGAAUGGGGUCACGGCGCUAAGAUGAUGUAUGCUAAGCCUGGUGCUGCUGCAAACUACGAUCUCUUGACUGGCUUCAAAUUAAACCUCGACGAAAACUUGAAACGUCCUCCAUUACCGAAUGGCAUGUCCACUGCCAAGUUAAUAUCUGAUUAUUUGAGGUGCUUGCACAGUCACGUCGUCCGGGAACUCAGCAGGCAAUUCGCAAGAAAUUAUACUGAAGAGCAAUUUAGAUACUGUCUUACUGUCCCUGCCAUGUGGUCUGACCGAGCAAAGUCCAAAAUGAGAACUGCCGCAAUUGACGCUGGCCUCAUCUCUGCACACGAUCCACCGGACCGCUUGAUGAUUACUUCGGAGCCUGAAGCUGGAGCGCUAUAUUGCGAAAAAUCCUGCAAAGAAUCCAACUUGACGGAAGGUGAUCGAUUCAUGAUCUGCGAUGCUGGUGGUGGUACCAUUGACUUGAUUGUAUUUGAAAUUGAGGAACCAAGAGAGGGAAAGACUCGUCUCAAGGAAAUCACAAAAGGAAUGGGAGAGAGCUGUGGAAGUAUUUUCUUAGAUCAGAGAUUCGAGACACUCUUGCGAGAGAAGUUGGGUGAAGAAAUUAUAAACGUUUCCGCCAAUUCUAUGCUGAAAAUGAUGGAUCAGUUUAUUGAUUCUAUCAAGCCUGAGUUUGACGGAAAUGAAAACGAGCCACAGUACCUUAGCUUACCGGCUUCAGUGAAUCUCAAUGUCCUUACUGCUCAAGGUGCUCAUGUAGAAGACGCAAUGCUGGUCAUUAGUGGUGCUGAAUUGAAGUCAAGAGUCUUUGAUCCGGUAGUUAACAGAGUGAUUGAUCUCAUUGAAACGCAAUUAAAUCAAAUUACUGGCAAGACACUCGAUACUAUAUUUCUAGUUGGAGGGUUUGGUUCAUCGAGUUACUUAUACGAUAGAGUACGAACCACCUUCCAACCUCGAAUACCCCAAAUUCUAUAUCCGGCAAGAGCGUCGCUUGCCAUCGUACGUGGAGCUGUACACUAUGGUUUACAUCCUCAACCCAUCAGUUCCCGUAUCCUAAGGCGCACCUAUGGCAUUAAUGCUGGAUUACCAUAUGACGAGUUACUGGAUCCUCCAUCCUCAAGAUUUGUUAGACCGGAUGGAAGCGUGCGUUGCAUUACCCGGUUUCUAACUUUUGCUUGUAAAGGCGAUGCUAUACGCGUAGAUCAAUGUAUUCGGGAGCAAAUGUAUAUAUACUACAAUACCAUCUACUCCACUGACCUUCGACUAUAUGCUACUGAAAAUCCUGACGAGCCGCGAUGGUAUAAUCAAGCCGGGGUCCAGCAAAUCGCCGCUCUUGAAAUUCCUAUUCCUCGUAUGGCUGGUGUAGAAAGAGGCCAACGCGUCAAUUAUGAAGUUAGAAUGUACUUUGGAAGAAAUGAAAUAAGGAUGGAAGCAGAAUUUCCAGGAGGCAACGUCUUUGCUGUUAAAUGUGACUUUGAUGCUGUUAGCUUGCCUACAUCAUGAGCACACUUGCAUGAAUAACCCAACGUAUACGUAGAAUAGCUUAAGUAAUAACAACAAUUGUAACAAUUCGCCCCAACAACUUGCAAUACAUAAAAAUAAAUUUACCGCAAUCAUGGAAAUGAUGUCUCGGGGGAAAAUGUGACCAAUAGGUGUAUGUGGAUUUUUUUCC